AUGGCUGUGAAUCCGCUAGACCUCUGGAACCAUUGGGCGACCCAGAUUCUGGUGCUUUUGAGCCUCGCGCUUCAGGUUGUCCUGCUCCUCCUCGCGGGGAUCCGAAGGGGUGAAGCUUCCACCGUGCCGAAGCUCCUCCUCUGGCUUGCCUACCAACUGGCCGACUCGACCGCGAUAUAUACCAUCGGGCACCUGUCCAUCAGCGCCACGGCAGACAGGCACCAACUCGUGGCAUUCUGGGCACCCUUCCUCCUCCUGCACCUCGGUGGCCCGGACAACAUCACGGCGUAUUCGCUCCAGGACAACGAGCUGUGGCUGCGCCACCUCCUGACUCUCAUCGUGCAGGUCCUCGGAACUGCUUAUGUGCUCUACAAGCACAUCGCCGGCAAUGGCUCCUUGGUUGUGCUGGCCUCCAUCUUGAUGUUCGCAGUCGGUGUUGUAAAGUAUGGCGAGAGGACAUGGGCGCUCAGGCGUGGCAACAUGGAUAGCAUCCGGGGCUCUCUCAAGAAGCAACCACCCGCCAAACAUACUCACUUUCACCCACAGGAUCAGGGGUUGGACAGAGAAGAAUUCCAGUUGCGGAGAGCUCACACGUUAUUCCACAUCUGCAAGCGUGCCAUUGUUGAUUCUUCGGUCAACAUUGACUCAGAUGGCCAUGAUACCUCCGAGAAGCUUGGGAGGCCACGGGCUAGGUAUAUGUGGUUGUUGAUGGAGAUGGAGCUCUCCCUCAUGUAUGACAUCCUGUAUACCAAAGCGGCAGUCAUUCACACAUGGUUUGGCUACUGCAUCCGGCUCUUCUCACCGCUCGCCGUUGUCGCCUCGCUCCUGUUAUUCUACUUCAGACGCAAAGAUGGCCAUAGCAUAGUUGAUGUUUUGGUCACAUAUGUCCUGCUGGUUGGUGCCUUGCUCCUAGAGACAACAUCUCUGCUGAACGCACUGGCGUCGACCUGGACAUUUGCUUUCUUGUAUGCCACGAGCUGGGACUGGCUUCGAUACACCUUCUUGUGCAAUGGAAGGUGGGACCGGCUUCGUCGUGCACUUGUAUCUCUUCGCUUGCUUAUCAGGACAACCACUGGAAGAAGCAGUCGUAGAUCAGCGAGAAGGUGGUCCGGCACAAUGGGGCAAUACAAUAUGUUGCACUUUUGCAGUCUUUGUGAUAAACCGGGUGGACCUCUACUUGGAAGGCUCGCUAAGAUGUUAGGAUUCAAGGAGUUGUGGGACAGAAAGCACUAUUCUGGGAAAACCCAGAUUUCAAAGGGGAUCAAGAAGGAGGUGAACAAAUAUAUAGACCGAUUGCACAAGUUGGGGGUCCGGAGAUUGAAUGCGCUAGGCGUACUUCGGAAGACGUGGAGUCAGGAUGCAUUCGAGCUUCAGGAAGGAUUGGACCAUCAGGAUGGAUUUGAGGGAAUAUCGUAUCAAGAUGUCAGUCAAUUUAUCGGAAUUGAGUUCCAGGAGGGCAUCAUCAUCUGGCAUAUCGCCACGGAGAUUUUCCUCGCCUGCAGUGCGGUCAAAAAUGAAAUGGAAGAAGUGAAGGCAGUCAGGGCAAUGUCCAACUACAUGAUGUUUCUCCUCGUGGAGCGCCCAUACAUGCUACCAGGCCUUCCUCAAAAUAGGUUGUACCAGCAAACAUGCAAGAACUUGGUCGAAAUACGGGACCAGGCUGAGCUCCCAACUCCCCAUCCCAGAUGGGGCUUGUUUACUAUGCUCAAGGAUUUAUUCCGCCUGCGUGAUGGCCCCAAUUCUGACUCAAGGCUGAUACUGGUACAGAAGUUUGCCAGAAUCCUACGCGAAAAGGAUCCAUCCUUCAGCUUCGAAGCUCCUCGUCUUUAUUAUGCAACUUCCAUCGCCAAAAAGUUGCUCAAUAGGGAUACAAGCAGGUCGUUGCAGCUGCUCCUGAAGGUUUGGACAGAUAUUUUGGUCUACGCAGCCAACCGAUGCAGCAGGGACUCCCAUGCCAAGAAGCUCAACGAUGGUGGUGAGUUGAUCACCGUCCUGUGGCUUAUGAUAGAGCACCUUCACCAAGUUUCUCUCGAUGCACAAGGGAGUUAAGCCGUGAAUCGCUGCUGUGGGCGCUCCUGGGAGAAGGCACCCAGCAGCUUCACUCACCUUGUAGGGAUGACGCUUCCUCUGAUCUCGUUGUGUUUACGGAGCUUCACCGCCGCUGCAGCCGGAUGAACCCAGGAUUAGGCCAGAUGAAUAGAUCAAUGUCAAAUAGUUGUUCUAUCUCACAUCCACCAGAGUUACUUCUGCUAUCUAUUUCCUCUUUUUAGAGAUUGAUUCGUGUGUUUUUGGAUGUUGUUUACGGUUGCUCUAUUUGGCUGUGUGCAUCCUAAUGAUGUUUUGUCUA